CACUGAUCAGGAAAGAGCUUCGGAAAAAAAGACAUGGCCAAGUGACUGUGGAAAAUAUAGCCAAUGUUCAAGGCAAACAGUUCAGGGCAAUAGUAUUGACAGCUGUUCAAACCCGUGACAGCCUCCUUUCCUCUGACUCACUUUGUCACGAGUUUUUCAACGAUGCUCGCGUACUGAACACGGUCAUGACUAGGGCUCAAUCCCAGGUUGUUGUAGUUGGAGAUGCUGCUGCUCUCUGCUACUUUGGGAAAAGCUCAAGGAUAUGGAAAGCCUACAUAGACCACUGCAUCAGCAAAAACAGUGCAGAUCCACAAACCCUUACAGAAGACUACUUGAAACAGGAAGUAAGAGAGAUUUCAAGAUUUGUCAAAGGGGAUCAGGAGGACAACAGUGAUAGUGAGUCAUCCAUAUCUGAGAUACCCGACAUAGAUGACCCAAUACUGAGGGAGCUUCUUGACGAGGGUAAAGAUGUACGAGUCACUGUAACAGCUGACGGCCUGUUGGGUAUCACCCACGGGGAGCCAAUUGUCAACCCAUUAAAUGGACUUGAGAUGAACACAAGCCAAGACAGCUCCCCUUUGUACCUUCAGGCAUUGAUAAAGAGAGACCCGAGUAUCUACAAACACUGUCACUUGUGUUUGGAGAGGUUUGACUCCGGCUACGCCAUACCUCUUGAAGAGCCCUCCCUCCGCAUUUCUAUCAAAGGUAGAAAGAAUAUUGGUCGUUCUUUUCCUGGAGAUCAGGUUGUUGUGGAGAUCUUGGACAAUGAGUGUCAUCCCCCAAAUGGGAAAGUGCUAGAUGUGGUGAAGGUUGAAAAUGCCUCCAUGGUGUUUGUCUGUACCAUUGAUAACUAUGACAACCAGGUGAUGACACCCAUCAACAACUGCAUCUCCAAAAUUUACACCCCAUUUUGGAGGGACAAGCCAAACUACAUUGCCGUGCGAAAACUGGAGGAUCUGAAAGUUGAAAAGUUUGUGAAGAUAAAUGAGGAAUCCAAAAGAAACAAUCUCUUUGUUGUCAAAGUCUUGAAGUGGCGAGAGCAAUUUCGAUACCCUUUAGGAGUUGUCGUAAAAGUCCUUCCCAAAGUGGUAUCUUUAGAUAGUGGACUAGAAGUAUUGGACAUGGAGUAUCAACUGACAAGGGCCACUUCUGUUGAGAAAGACCAUGAAAUUCUCAAGGAACUGAACACAGAUAUGCAAAAUCGAAGGGAUUAUCAAAAAUUCAUAACAUUUACAAUUGACCCAGCACAUUCCAAGGAUCUUGAUGAUGCCAUCAGUGUAAGAGAUUUAGAUCAACACUACGAGAUUGGAGUUCACAUUGCUGAUGUUGCAAGCCUUGUGACCAAGGACAGCCUAUUGGACAAAAAUGCACAACAGAAUGGAACUGCUUUUUAUCCCCCUGGAAAGGAGCCUGUUUAUAUGUUCCCACUUUGUCUGAGCACCAAGUAUUUCAGUCUACUCCCUGGAUGUAAACGAAAUGCCAUAUCAUUGAUGGUGCAAAUUGACAAGAAAACAGACCGCAUCAAGACAAGUAAGUUUAGCCUAUCUGUAAUAAAGUCAGAUAGAAAGUUGUCAUAUGAGGAAGCUGAAAACAUUAUCCAAAACUCUGAUGAUAAUGGCCAACGAUAUGACACUCUAGAGGGCUGCCUCGCCAAAGCAUGUCACUUUUCUGAGGUUCACAGAAAGGACAGGAAACAGGAAGACUGGCACUAUAAGUCCCCUGAUGAUGAUGUAAUCGUUGGUAGAAGACGGUCUCAUAAGAUGGUGGAAGAGCUCAUGGUUAUGUUUAACCACGCUGUCACUGAACUGUUGCUCAAAGAUGCAAAGACAUUCAGCUGCACCCCAGUCAGAUGCCAAGACAAGCCAAACACAGAGAAGCUUUGUCAACUAAAAGAUAAAUACAGUUCUCUGAUUCCCCUGUCCAUUCAUUUCUGUCACUGCAUUGAUCAGAUUGGUAACGUUGAUGAUAACCAGAGGGAUGCGGUAUCUAAACCUUACCCAGGUGGGUCCAAUCAGAUGCUUGCAACGAGAACAGAGAAUAAAGCCCAUCAUGGUCAAGUUGUCCAGCCAUCUGAAACGUUCUCUCUAUUAACAUCCAUUGUGAGGAGUCUUGAGUCAGCAUUUCAAGACAAGGAUAUCCCUAGAAUUGUGGACCUGAUAGCAACUGAUGACAUUCAUCCCCAGCUACUGCCUUUGAUCAUUGAACUCAGGAAGACAAUCCAUAGAGCAUAUGUUCUACGCUCUAACUCAACAUACCUAUCUAGAGUUGGCCACUAUGACCUUCAGCUUGAAAGCUACACUUGGGCUUCCUCGCCCAUUCGUCGGUACGUGGACGUUAUUGUCCAGAGGCUCCUGCACUCAGUUCUUGAAAACAAAGCAGUCAGGUACACUUCUUUGGAAAUUGACCAGUCCUGUCUGAGUUUUUCGAGAACAUCUGAAAAGCAAAAAAUGUAUGAGAGGAAAGCUCGUUGCUUGAGUUUUGCAUCGCAGCUGAACAAUCAAAGUGCACAGAAGGUAGCCUUUGUCAUUGAUGCCUCCCCAGCUGGAAACAGUUUAAGGGUGUAUUUUCCGUUUAAUCGAUCCUCAAUGCCAGAAGAUAUCACUAUCAUGUAUAGGGAUCUGCAGUUGACAGACCAACCAGAGUUCAAUGAGCAUGACAACCAUGUGGUUCUGAAAUGGAAGAGAAGAGUAUACUCCUUCACAAAUGAGAACAUCCACGCUGAACUGCAACAACAGUCACCUCAUCCAUUUGUGACAUCAGUGCCAACAGACUUGUGGAAAGGGAUGCUGUCAGCUCUGAAGGAGGAGAACAUGGACAUCGUGUUCCAAUCCUUACAGACCAUCAGCUCAAGUGUCAAUGAUGACCAACAGGUCUGCUCAGGUCUGCUCCAAUAUACACCAACGGCCAGAACCAAUCCAAAUCCAGGUCAUUACAUUGAAUUGCCAUUGAGGGUAAAGUCUGGUGAAACACUGGAGGUGCAACUGGGCACUGACACACAGCGGGGAUUAUUAGUACCUGUGGUACAGAUGCUAGUUGUACGUAACAAGUUUGAGAUUUGCUUGGAGCACUCAAAAGACCCAACUCUGUGUUUCUCCAAGUAUGCACUCCAUUCAUCGAAGAAAACAUACUCCACUUACCAGGAGUAUCAGAAGAUAUGGAAACCAUUGUGUGAGAUGGAGUCAGCCUCCAACGCUGUAACAGAAAAUGACAGCAUUGUCCUUGAAGAUGUGCCUCUGACAUGGAAACAGAUACAGAAGGAGAGUCAACUCGGUGGAUUCUUCCAGUUGUCACUUGAGAAGAUGAAACAGUGGGCCAUUGAGUAUGGUCUCAAACACAGCUUUCUGUGUAUCCGCAUGAGGUACCAAAAUCGAGUGGAUUUGCCUAACAAUGGCGCUGAUGAUGAUCAGCAUGUGGACCUCAGCAAUAUCCCAUCUCUCAUUUGGGUUGCUCAUGGAAUAACCACUGGGGUCACUGAUGAGGAUGAGGCUAAAAACCUCUCCUAUGUCCAGAUAGACUUCCGGAUUAAUCACAUGUCCAUGGCCAAGAUUCCAGAGAGGGUCUUCGGGAAAGAUACAAGAUUCACAGUAGAAUUAAUUCCAAAGCUGUUACCUGAUGUGCGUAAAGAGGCUGCCGUUGACAACCUCACUCAGGCUAAUGAACUUGUGAAGAACAUUGCUCUUGGCAAGAGGACAAACUCUGAACCUGUAACUAAAGAGCUGAGACCUGCCAGGUUUGAGAUCAAACUUCAUUCCUCCAAGUUUCCUGAUCUGAAUAUCAGUCAAACCAAAGCUAUUAAAGAGGCCCUCGACAACCGAUUCACUCUCAUUCAGGGGCCACCAGGCACUGGGAAGACGGUGGUUGGAGUCCACCUUGUUUAUUGGUUCUUUCUGCAAAACCAAAAAGUUCCAAACCACCUAAGGCCUAAAGCUGCUGGGGGGUCUUCAAAGAGGAGGUGCAUUCUAUAUUGCGGACCCUCUAAUAAAUCAGUGGACGUUGUAGCUGGUCAACUUCUGAAACUCCGGAAGGUGUUGAAGCCACUUCGUGUUUACAGUGAGCAGAUGGAGAUGUUGGAGUUUCCCUACCCUGGCAGCAACCUGAAGCUGUCACGCAGGUCAAUCAGGGAGGAGAAACCCAAGAGAGAGCUCAGUUCCAUCACAUUGCAUCAUCUUAUUCGGAUGCCUGAGAACCCAUUCUCCAAUGAAAUUAUUUCUUUUGAUGCAAGAAUUCGUAGGGGAGAGGAUCUCACAGACAAGGAGAUUGAGAGCUACAAAGUCCUCCUAAGUCACGCUCGGAAUCAUGAGUUGAUGAGGCAUGAUGUCAUUCUCUGCACGUGUACUGCGGCGUCAAAUCCCAACUUCUACAAGCUGGACUUGAAACAGAUUAUCAUUGAUGAGUGUGCCAUGGCAACUGAGCCUGAAGCCUUCAUCCCCCUUGUGACCCAUAAACCUGAACAGAUUGUUUUACUCGGUGAUCACAAGCAAUUGCAGCCCAUCACGCACAGUGAUCUUUCAGCAAGGUUGGGCAUGAGGAAAUCUCUGUUUGAGCGUUACAUGGAAAAGGCGUUGAUGCUUGAUACGCAGUACAGAAUGCAAGAGGGCAUUUGUGAGUUUCCUUCAAAGGAGUUCUACAACGGUAUUCUCAAGACUGGAGCAACUCGGAAAGACAGUGUCCUGCUCGCUCAGUCUCAUCAUCUGACGCCCAUCCUUUUUGGACACGUUUACGGAAAAGAGAUCAGUCUUGUGGUCUCCACCGAACGGGGGAAUGAAAACUCAAAGGCCAACUCGGCAGAGGCUGAGGAAUCGGUUCGCAUCGCCUCUCUGUUGAUCAAGCAUGCUGGGGUGGCGGCUAGCGACAUAGCUAUUCUGACGCCAUACAAUGCCCAGGUAGCCAAGGUGAACGAAACCUUGAGAAUGAACGAUAUCCAGAACGUCAACGUGAAUACCAUCACAAAGAGUCAAGGAAGUGAAUGGCGUUAUGUCAUCUUGUCUACUGUGCGUUCUUGUCCCAAGUCGGAAAUUGACACAGAGCCAACCAAAGCAUGGCUCACCAAGAAGCUUGGUUUUGUCAUGGACCCAAACCAAGUCAAUGUGGGCAUCACUCGGGCUCAGGAGGGACUAUGCAUUAUUGGAAACCAAGAGUUGCUGAGGUGCAGUUCACUGUGGAAGAAGCUGUUGGUUCAUUACCAGCAAUGUGGCUGUGUGGUGGAUCCUGCUAAGGACAUUCAAGUUCAAAACCCACACGUCAAAACCAAAUCAAAGAACAAAAGAGCCUCAAAGUUUCAAAACAGAAAAUGAAAAUGCUGGAGAUUCUGCAGUACCCAUAAUUGACUGCUGGGGAUAAUUUAGAAAUUGAGAUAUGCAUUGCUAUGGCUUGAAAUCUUGACCUUUAACGCUUCUGAGAAAGUGAAGACUUUUGCACUACUGACGAGAGCUAAUGAAUUUUUUUACAAAUGAACAUAAUAUGGAUUGCUACACAAUACAAUGUUAUUGUAAAGAUAUUUCAGAACUAUGUAUAAAAGAAACGCAACAAUCAUUGCACUGGUAAUACAAGACAUUUAAUAUAUAUUUCUACAUGUUUUUUGCUAACCUUGACAUUUUACACAUGCUUUUUAAGUGUCAGACGUGCUUUAUACUCAGAUGUUUUUUUUUUAAGGUUUAUAAUGAUUGUGAAAUGUUUUAAUCAUUGUAUAUUAAACUAGCCAUAC